AUGACAAAUUUAGAAAAAUUGCUAAUCAAAGGAAUAAGAUCUUUUAAUCCUAAUGAUUCCAAUACAAUCGAGUUUUAUUCCCCGCUAACAUUGAUUGUAGGUCAAAAUGGUACUGGUAAAACAACGAUCAUAGAGUGUCUAAAAUACAUUACCACAGGAAAUUUACCACCUAACAGUAAGGGAGGUGCAUUUGUUUAUGACACAAAGCUUGCACAGGAAAUAGACGUGAAAGCUAUGAUCAAGCUUUCUUUUAGGAAUAUCUAUAAUAAGAAAUUAGUGUCUACAAGAGUUUUACAGUCCUCUUUUAAAAGAAACAAAUAUGAACAAAAAACAAUCGAGAACACGUUAUUCGUUGAGGAUGAAAAAGGAACGCACCAAAAUAUUAGUAAUAAAAUAGGAAACAUAGAUAAAGAGAUUCCUUAUCAUUUGGGAGUAUCAAGUAGUAUCUUAGAAAAUGUUAUUUUUUGUCAUCAAGAAGACAGUUGCUGGCCUAUUAGUGAACCUGCAAAUGUAAAAAAAAAAUUUGAUGAUAUAUUUUCUUCGAGUAAAUAUAGCAAGGCAUUAGAUUCACUUAAAUCAACCAAGAGAGAAGUUUCUGCUCAGAUUAAAUUAAAAUAUCAAGAGUUAGAAUUUCUCUAUAAAAUUAAGGAUAAGAGAAACGACAUUGAAAAGAGGAUAGAAAAUGGAAAAGAAGAACUUUUAAUUAAAGAAAAUAAAAUUAAGGAGUAUGAUGAGUCAUAUAAUGCAUGUGACAAGCUAAUUAGAGACUUAAAUACAGAUAUUGAUAAGGUUGAACACGUUAACAAUCGAAUUAAAUUAAAACUUUCUGAAAUAGACAAAUACUCUGGUAAAGUUCUUGAUGAUCCUAAAAUAGACGAAGUUAAGUGUAAAGAUAUUUUACAGUCUAAAAGAAUUGAAGAGUUGGAAACUGAGAUAGCUAAAACUACAAAAAUAUUGUUAGAUGAAGAAGAGAGACAGAGGAUACUAGACAAUGAAAAGAAACUUUAUGAGAAGAAUAAAGCCGAAAUAGAUGAAAUAAAUAGCGACAAAAGCAAAUUAAAGAAUACUUUACUUGCAUUAACAGAUGAAACUAUAGAAUUAAAACUUUUUUUGGAAAAACAAACUGGAAUUGUUAUCGAUAAACUUAAAAAUUUAAAAAAAGAUUCUUCUGAUGAGAUGAUUGUUUCUCAAGAUAAUAUAACUAAUAUCGAUAGAACCUUUAUCGAGCGUGUUGAGAAAAUAAAAGAGUUCAAAGAUUUGAAGGAUGAUCCCGAGAUUAACAUUGAAAGAUCUUAUGAAUUUGAAAUUAAGUCUUUAGAAGAUAAUAAUCUGAAGCAUGAAAUCAAAAAAUUAGAAAGAGAACUAUUUGAAAAUCAAUUGAUCUAUGAAAAGGAAUUGAGGAACAUAAAAGAAUCUUAUUUAGUUGAUCAACAGAAAAAAAGGAUUGAGGAAAUUAAAAUUGAACUAGAUAAUAGCAAACAGAUUCAACUUGAAAUCCAAAAAGAUGAUAUUUUGAAGAGAAUUGAGGACUUGAAAAAUAAGAUCAAGGAAACAUAUCAACUUAAAAAUAAAUUUAAUGUUUAUAAGGAAAUGUUCGUGAGUAAAACUUCAAUGAUCAAAGAAAAUUAUAAAACUGACCUUAACUCAUUAUACGCGAUUAAUAUUGGAAAGAAUAAUCUUGAAAGUUUCAUUGAAAAUUUUUCUUUUCUUAACAAGGACAAGUUAAACAAAGAAGACUUGAAGGAAAUGUUGAUAAUUGACGUAACAGAGAAAUGUAGGUCUCUUAUUUUGAAUAAUAUACAAAAAGAUUGUGAUGUUGAUACUUUUGAGGAACUCAUUUCUGCUUUUAAGAAUAUAAAAUUCUUCGAAAUAAGAUGUAAGAAAAAUGAAUGUCCUUUGUGUACAAAUAAGCUCAAUAAUACUGAAAAAUAUAAGAGCAGAUUAGAAAAGGUAAUUGCAAAAAUUCCUGAAAAUCUCAAAAAGAACAAUGAUAAGGUGGAAAGUAUUACAUCCUUACAAAAUGAAGCUGAUGCGUUCAAUUUACAGAUUAAAGAAAUUUUUUCGGAGUGUAAAAUCAAUCUGAGUCUAACAUUUUCUAAUUUGUUUUCUAAAUUUGAUAUUCCUGAUUGUUUUGGUGAACUGCUGGAGGAAAAGGACCUAGCAUUGUUAGAUUUAGAGGAAGAAUAUUCUUCUAUCUUGGCUAAAAUUGAGUUGCACAAAGAAUUAAAAGAUCUCGAAAGAAAUAUAAGUACCAUAAAGAACACUGUUGAUAUUAAAGAAUUAGAAAAGAAACUUAACAGCUUAAGAAGUCAGGUUAAUAGAAAAAAGGAAGAUUUAGGCCUAAUUGAGGAUAAAAUAGCACAGCUUAAACUCAAACAAAAAAGAAUUGAAGAGAUCAAGACUAUUCGAGAAUUAUUAAAGAAGAAGAAGGAAAUAAAAGAAGAUAUAAGAAUAUUUGAAGAAAAUAGAUCUAAAGACAAUAUUAGAAAUUUGGAGGAUGAUUAUAAAAAUAAAUAUUAUACAUACGAGAAACUUAAAGAUAAGCUGUAUAGAAAAAAAAUGGAUAUUGAAUUUAAGCAAACAAGCUUCGAAUCUAAAUUAAAAAAAAUAAAAGAAACAGAAGAGAAUAUAAAGAACGUGGAAGAAAGAAUUCAAGAAGUUGCAGAAAAAUACAGCAUUCCAUCUUUUUGUAGUAAAAAAUACGAAGAAAACAGACUGAACUUAAUAAGAAAUAAAGAUACGCUUUCUUCUUUAAAAGACGAUCUAAGAACCUCUACUGAUUUAAAAUUAGAAGCUAAAAAGCAUAUCGAUCAUUAUAAAGCUUCUGAAGCAAUUCUAAACCUUAGAUCAGAAGUUAAAAGAAUAGAAACACUUUUUGUAGAAGGAUUAUCAAAAAACAGGAUUCAAGAGAUCAAGAAUUAUUCGAAAUCUAAUAAUCUUGAUUUGAUGUCUUCCUUUACUUCUAUUUUGAAAGAAAAAAAAGAUAUUGUAGAAAAUAAAAAAACAAGAAUAAUAGCAAAUAGAUCUAUGAUUCAGGGAGAAUACAACCAAAUUAAAAUUUUAAUUGAUCAAUUAACUAAGGAACUUGAUGUUGAAUAUAAAGAUAUAAAUGACAAAUAUAAUAAAGCUUAUAUAGAACACAAAGUUCUAGAACUUUCUGUUAAAGAUCUGGAUAAAUGUAUUAACUGCUUGGACAAAGCUAUCAUAGAUUUUCAUUCUUCAAAAAUCGAAGAAAUCAAUGGAAUUCUAAAGGACUUGUGGAGCUCCUCUUACAAAGGUUCCGAUAUCGAUUACAUAGAAAUAAAGUCUGAAAGCCUUGGAUCUAAAACAUAUUCUUACAGAAUAUCUCUUAUAAAAAAUGGUGUGGAGCUAGAUAUGAGAGGAAGAUCUAGUGCAGGUCAACGAAUGAUUGCGAGUAUAAUCAUUAGGCUUGCUUUAUCUCAGACAUUUUCUACUACAUUUAAUGUCUUAGCUUUAGAUGAACCAACCACAAAUCUAGACAAAGAAAAUAUAGAAAGCUUAGCUCAUACACUUCUUAAAAUUAUUAGAAGUUCCUCUAAGGAUUCUAGAUUUCAACUUAUAAUCAUCACACACGAUGAAGAUUUUGUUCAAAUAUUAAGUCGAGAAGGCCCUGAAUAUUUUUAUAGAUUGAAACGAAAUGAAAAGGGGGAUUCUCUUAUUCAAAGACAUUCAAUUUACUAA